AUGCAGCGUUUGGCUGCUCUUGGUUCCCGGCAUUUGUUGUUGUUAGCUUUAACCGCUUUGGUUUGCAAUUGCAACAAUCAUGCCCGACAAUGUCGCUUCAAUAUGGAACUUUUCAAGUUGUCGGGCCGUGUGUCGGGAGGCGUCUGCCAGAAUUGCCGCCAUUCGACGACGGGUCGCCAUUGUCAUUACUGCAAAGAGGGUUUCUAUCGUGAUCCCUCAAAGCCAUUGAAUCAUCGCAGAGUAUGCAAACCCUGCGAAUGUCAUCCCAUUGGAUCGACGGGUAAAACAUGCAAUCACACAUCCGGUCAAUGUCCUUGCAAGGAUGGUGUUACCGGUCUCACCUGUAAUCGUUGUGCCAGAGGAUAUCAACAAAGUCGUUCACAUAUUGCCCCAUGUAUAAAAAUUCCUCCACGCAUCAGCAAUAUGUUGGAUACCCAGAAUACAGCUCCUGAGCCUAAUCCUCAUGACUCCGCAUCACCUUACCGCACGGAAGGUGGGAGGGAGUGCGAAAAAUGCAAGAUAAGCACCAAAAGAUUAAACCUCAACAAAUUUUGCAAAAGAGAUUACGCAAUAAUGGCCAAGGUGAUUGGACGGGAACAGAGUACCGAGGUGACGAGCAGCGAACAAUACAACACCAAAGAAAAUCAAAAAAUGAACGACGCGGACAGCGACGAAAUGGGGAACGAUCGGAACGCCGAGGAGGCGGAGGAGGAGGGGGAGGACACAACCGUAAAAUACAUCAUACAGAUACAGGCAAUUUUCAAGCGCACACCCCUCGAGUACGCAACAACGAAUACAAUACUAAGACGAGGUCCUAUGACCUGGAUCAUACCGAUUAAGAACUUAGAAUGUAGAUGUCCCAAAAUUAAAAUGAAUAAAUCUUAUUUAAUUUUGGGCAAAGAUUCUGAAGCUCCACCCGGCUAUUUGGGUAUAGGCCCGCGCUCAAUUGUCAUCGAAUGGAAGGAUGAAUGGUAUAGACGCAUGAAACGUUUCCAGCGCAGAGCGCGUACAUGCGAAUAAAUUUAAAUGUAGUGUUUUUUUGUAUUCUUUUAAUUUUAACUUAUAUUAUGAUUUGUUUAUAUAAAUACAUAUUAAUACGAGUAUAUCAUUUAAAACACACAUACAUACAUAUACACACACAAAAAUUUAAAUACUAAAAUAUGAAGAAAACAUAACAUGAUAACAAAAAAGCAAAAAUUAUCAUAUUCACAUAACUUUUAAGCCGGAAAUGAAAACUUUGCCAAAUGCAACAAGAAAAAAAAAUUUUGUAUAAAUUAAGGAUAACUUUUUUAUAUUAUUUAGAUUUCAUUAUUAAUAAAAACGUAUAUGUAGUUUGUAUCAAUAACACUUACAAAAAAACAAAGAUAUGCAAGCAAUAUAAAUAGUUUUAAAAAAAUAAUUAUAAAAAAAGUUGUGGACAAAAUUAUAGCAUACCUAAUAGUUGCUCUAAGCAAAUCGUCACAAGAACACGCCAUUAGGG